AUGUCGUGGCUAUCUAUCCCCGCCGAGUCUCACUUCUCCAUCGCCAACAUCCCCUUUGGCAUCAUCUCUACUUCGUCAAAUGCUACGCCUCGACCUGCUGUCGCAAUUGGCGAUCAUGUUUUAGACCUUGAUGCUUUUGCGAAGGGUGAUGGAUUCUCGGGAAGUUCUGAGAUCCAGAAGCACGUUGAUGUGUUCUCUCAAUCAUCGCUUAAUGCCUUUGCUGCUCUUGGCCGUCCAUUUCAUCGCGUGACGAGGAGUUAUCUUCAGGAUGUCUUUGCGAAAGACACCAAGAAUCCAGUGUUGAAGGAUAACCAGAAACUUCAAGACGCAGCUCUUCUGAAGCGCUCUGAUGUCAAGAACCAUCUCCCCUUGACCAUCGGAGACUACACAGACUUCUACGCCGGCAAGAAUCACGCUUUCAACGUCGGCUGUCUCUUCCGCGGUCCCGACAACGCUCUUCAACCCAACUACACCCAUCUCCCCGUCGCUUACCACGGAAGAGCCAGUAGUGUUGUCGUAUCAGGCACUCCAAUCCGAAGACCCUGGGGACAAAUCCUCCGCCCUGGCAACAAGGUUCCUGACCUCGCGCCGUGUGAGAGGCUCGACAUUGAGGUCGAGAUGGGCAUGUUUAUCUGCCGCGAGAACGAGAUGGGAAGCCCUGUUCCUAUUGAUGAGGCCGAUGAGCACAUCUUUGGUUAUGUCCUCAUGAAUGACUGGAGCGCCCGAGAUAUCCAGGCUUGGGAAUAUGUGCCUCUUGGUCCUUUCACGGCUAAGAACUUGGGUACGAGUAUUAGUGCUUGGGUCGUGCUGGCUGAUGCUCUUGAGGGGGCCAAGGCAGCUGGUAUCAAGAACGAUAAUGAGAUUCUACCUUACUUGAAGGAAAAGAAGGAGAACAAUGUCUUGGAUAUUGACCUCGAGGUCGAAAUCAUCACCGCCGCUGGUAACAAGAACCAUCUCAGCAAGACAACCUCGCGCAACCUGCUGUGGUCAUGGCCUCAGAUGAUCGCCCAUCACACCAUCACAGGCUGCAACCUUCGACCUGGUGAUCUUCUUGGAUCAGGCACCAUCUCCGGCACCGAGUCUGGUACCGAGGGUAGUAUGCUGGAACAGACCAAGGGUGGCAAGGUUCCCAUCCAAUUGAAGGAUGGAGAGGAGCGCAAGUUCAUCCAGAAUGGCGAUACCCUCAUCAUUCGUGGUGCUUAUGGCAGUGGCGAUCAGAAGGUUGGCUUUGGUGAGGUGUCGGGACAGAUCCUUGAGCCUCUUCCUCUGUUCAAAUGA